AUGGACAAAGCUCUUGAAGAAUAUCAAAAUAAGGCAAUAAAACUGGCCGUCAUUGGAAAUUCCGGUGUUGGGAAAUCAAGCUUUAUUAAUGCUUUAAGAGGGUAAGGAUUUUCCGUUUGCCAUUUCAAAUGAGAAAUACGCAAUAGUUGUCUAGCAUCUUGUCUAUUGGUAAUUACUGAAUGGGACGAUUGGUACAGUAGUUGCUCGUCGUGGUUAUUGCGCGGCUCCAACCGAAACCUUGACAUCUCCCAAUAAGCCGUCUCAGUUAGCCUAAACAAUAGCAUAAUAAACUCACGUUGGCGCAAAAUUUUAGUCUCGUGUUCUUACAUACUUGGAGUUAGAGUGAAGCGAAUGACGAUAAGGCCAUAAAAUUAUUAGUUAAGUGCAAUGCAUAGUUGGUUUUCUAGACUAUAUUAGAAUAAUUUGUUGCCUAUUGAACUUCACUAUAUAAACUAUAAAGUACUAUAGGGCAUACGGCUAUACAGGUUUCCUCCAAAACAAUGUGUUCUUAAGAAAAGUUUACUACAUUUCACAGACUGGAAAAUAAUGACGCGAAGGCAGCAAAAACGGGAGCAAUCGAGACUACAAUGGCUCCACACUGGUAUCCUUAUCCAAAAAACCCGUUGAUCACACUUUGGGAUCUUCCAGGUAUAGGCUCAACCAAAUACCCUGAUCUGAAAGUCUUUUGCAAAACAAACGAUCUCAAAGAGUAUGACGAGUUUGUGAUCAUUACUGCCACACGGUUUACUGAAAACGAUGUCAAACUGGCAAAGAAACUUAAAUCCAUUUCCAAACCCUUCUUGUUUAUCCGCACGAAAAUUGACAUCGACUGCAAAAAUGAGGAGAAAAAAGCACUCACCGAAGAGGAAUUGCUGAAGAAGAUCAAAGAAAACUGUUUUAUCAACUUAAAAGGCCUGCUCCUAGGUGGUGACAGCGAUAUCUACCUCAUUAGCAAUAACCAUCGAAACAAAUGGGAUUUCCCCCGUCUGGUCGAAGCAAUCUUAAACAAACUACCUCUAGAUAAACAAGUGUGCUUUACCUUUUCUAUGUAUAUCGUGUCCGAAAGUAUUCUGAAAGAAAAAGUUAAAAGGCUGAGAGGUUUGUACUUCCCAUAA